UGCCUGCAUGUCCCAACAAUGCUCAUUGUCAAUGUACGAGAUUUGUAUGCCUCUAUCGAAGGGCGAAAGUACCUGCGUGAAAGAAUGUGGAAUCGUUCCGCCACCUGCAAACGGAGAAGUUAUGUACAGUUUUGAGUUUUCUGUAGCUGGUUCUCAAACCCCUGUCACCUGUAACAGUGGCUACCAUAUGCUGGUAACAAUGACAUGUUUAACAUCGGGAGUGUGGACGCAAUAUAACUGUGUGCCGAAUGUGUGUACGUUUGAGACACAAUGCGAGGCACUAGUGAAGGAUAUUACAGCCAACAGAUUUUUUGAGUUGAGUUCAGGCAGUACACCCUCAGAAGAAACAGGUUGCAAGGAGGAUCACACAACAGGUUCCGGCUCCUAUUACUAUUUUGAAGCAUCCCUACCAACUCGAACCGGCGACCUUGCGAGAAUGAAGAGUAGCUUCCCUGUUCCAGCCGGGCAUCAAGUCUGUGUACGUCUAUGGUACCACAUGAGGGGAGAUGAGAUGGGAAGUUUACGGAUCAAAACAGCGAACUCCGCUGGAAUAUUCACUAGCAAACAGCCCAUAGCGAGUGGUGAACAAGGACCGAACUGGAUAGAAACAAGAAAAACAGUUUCUGCGCAAAGUGAAGAGUUCUGGAUCGUUAUAGAAGGAGAGAGAGGUCUCGGUUCAAAAUCAGAUAUAUGUAUUGAUGACGUUGAAAUAUAUGGAUGCUGAAGAUUUUAAAAGGACCUGUUACAGGUUGCAUUGAUUUUGCCCACGAACCAAUAUAAUAAUUACGGGGUGAUAUUUGUAGAACUAUAUGUGACAACCCAUACAUAUUUCAGAUAUUUAAAAAAAAUCAAAAGGUCCCAGGGGCAUGUUUUAUGACAAUUUUAAUAUCACCCUACAUAGGAGUGUAACAGGGUUCCAUAUUUAGUCAAAAUAACACACAUCUAACUUCUUUUGCUUCAAAAAGUUAUCAUUUUCUUUAGAGUGAUAUUUAUUGCAAAUCAUAGAUGCAUUUAUGCAACAAAAAUAUCUAUUAAAAAAUUACACAAUCUUAAACCCCCAAAAUACCUAUUUUUAAGGCAGUUUUUAGCCAUGUUCACUUUUUACGGAGUUGGUACAACUACUUCCGGUUUCUGUACACCCAAAAUAUUUGGCAAUUAUUUGGAACAUCAUGUUAGAUAUCUGUGGUGAAAAUUUUAGAAAAAUUGAAAACCGGUAAAGUUGUCAUAUCUACAACAAUCUGCAGGGAGGUACUUUUCAAAAUAACCCUGCAGGUUGGGCAUAAGAAUUGUACCUGUUGCCCCCAUUGCAUGAUCGUAAGAGGCGAUUAAAUUAGAGAUCUUAUCUUU